GCGUUUCCUUCUUGCCUCACUUCAGCCGCCUCCAUCUCGCCAUCCCCAGUCCGUUCAUUGAAAAUCUUCAUCAUGUCGUACGCAAGGCGCAGAGGAAACAAGGUCAAGAAGGGUGUCCAGUUCACCGUCAUGGUCGUCGGUGCAUCUGGCACUGGACGUACUACCUUCGUCAAUACACUCUGCGAGUCGGAGGUCCUGGCACACAAGAUUGCCGACAACCCAGAGACUGCGCACAUUGAGGAGGGCAUACGUAUCAAGCCAGUCAACGUUGAGGAGUCCAGGAUCAAGCGUAAUCCGCGAUUCAGGGACAACCGUGUUCACGCUCUUUUGUACUUUAUUCCACCCACUGGUCAUUCUCUCCGCGAGAUGGAUAUCGAACUCAUGCGCCGUCUCUCGCCACGCGUCAAUGUGAUCCCAGUUAUUGGGAAGGCUGAUUCAUUCACUCCGAGUGAGCUGCGAGGCUUCAAGAAAAGGAUUAUGGAGGAUAUCGAGUAUUAUGAUAUUCCUAUCUAUAACUUCCCAUACGAUGUUGAAGAAGAUGAUGAGGAGACUAUUGAGGAUAACUCCGAACUUCGGUCACUCCUUCCUUUUGCCAUCAUUGGCUCCGAGGUUGAGACUGGCGACAGCGGGAUUCGCGCCCGUGUCUACCCGUGGGGAGUGGCGGAAGUGGACAACCAGAAGCAUUCUGACUUCAGCAAGCUCCGCAGUGCACUACUCAAUACGCACCUAACGGAUCUCAAAUCUUUGACCCAUGAUGUUCUUUAUGAAACAUACCGUACCGAGAAGCUUUCUCGCACUGUCCAUGCAGACUCGCAUGACUCUUCCAUUCUUCCUGAAGACCUAGCGUCGCAGAGCGUCAAGCUGAAGGAAGAACAGCUCCGCAGGGAGGAAGAGAAGCUGCGCGAGAUUGAAAUGAAGGUUCAGCGUGAAAUCAAUGAGAAGCGACAGGAGCUGCUUGCCAAAGAGGAGUCUCUGAGGAACCUCGAGAGUCGUCUUGCCGCACAAGGGUCGCAGGGGGAGUUCUGAAGGUUAUUUUCCUGAAAAGGACGCUCUUUGUUUCGAGCGUUUACAUUACACGUGGGAUUGUGCCCACGCUAGCCAUGCAGAAAACCGCUCGUUUCUAUUGCUCCGUGAUUGUGAACACUUGCUUCCUACCUACACAGUUGUGCAUAUUCUUCGGUAGUAUCGCGUAUACCCAGGCGAUACCCAAGUUUUAGUUUUAGUUCUAGUUUGCUUUUCCUCUUGGCGCACAAUUUGCACGGGUCCACUAUUUUUAAUGUUGAAACCGACUUCUCGUCGCUCGUUUAUGCGUUUUCUUUAGUCUUGUCUUUGUUUGUCCGUGAAUGCUGAAUGGAGUGCUCUUUGCC